UCCUGACUCCCGGCUUUCUCUUAUCCUCUCGUCGGCUCUGAGUCCCGCUACAUGCGUCGACCUCCCGUCUCUCUCUCUCUUUCCACUCACGUGCCCCUCCUUAAAUGUGGAUUUGUUCGCAUUCUUUUCUACUAGGAUGCUUUCUCUGUGCGCCGACGUAUCAGGUGUUCCCUCCUGUGUUUGAUAAUUUGAUUCAAGGACUGAUCUUCCAGCUUCUCGCCGGCAUAAUACUUACUGAAGGAUCACUCCUUUUCCGCUAUAAUAAUCGUGGUCAGCUAUGGCGUGGAGAAGCGGCUGAUUGCUUCCGAGAAGGGUAGCUCUAAACAGUGUUUCCGAAGAGGAAGAGAGAGGUGAGAUGGACAAGUAUGAGGUAGUGAAGGAACUCGGGUCCGGCAACUUCGGCGUGGCGAGGCUGAUGCGGCACAAGGAGGCGAAGGAACUCGUUGCCAUGAAGUAUAUUCCAAGAGGCCAGAAGAUCGACGAGAACGUUGCAAGGGAGAUCAUUAAUCAUCGCGCUCUCCGGCACCCCAACAUUAUUCGAUUCAAAGAGGUAGUGUUGACGACGACGCACCUCGCGAUCAUCAUGGAGUACGCCGCCGGUGGAGAGCUCUUCGAGCGGAUCUGUAACGCCGGGAGAUUCAGCGAGGAUGAAGCGAGAUAUUUCUUCCAACAACUCAUCUCUGGCGUCAGCUACUGCCACUUCUUGCAAAUAUGCCACCGUGAUCUCAAGCUAGAGAACACUCUUCUCGAUGGAAAUCCAGCGCCGCGGCUCAAAAUCUGCGACUUUGGCUACUCCAAGUCGUCCUUACUGCACUCGAGGCCGAAGUCUACAGUUGGCACGCCGGCGUACAUCGCGCCGGAGGUCCUCUCCCGCCGGGAGUACGACGGCAAGCUUGCAGAUGUCUGGUCCUGUGGGGUAACUCUGUAUGUUAUGCUGGUGGGAGCUUACCCAUUUGAGGAUCCAGAUGACCCCAAAAACUUCAGAAAAACUAUUGGAAGAAUAGUGGCAGUUCAGUACAAGAUACCUGAUCAUAUCCACAUAUCACAGGACUGCAGGCAUCUCCUCUCCCGCAUCUUUGUUGCCAACCCAACUAAGAGGAUAACUAUAAGUGAGAUAAAGAAACAUCCAUGGUUCUUAAAGAACUUGCCAAGGGAGUUGACUGAAACAGCACAGGCAGUUUAUUACAAGAGGGAUAAUAGUGCACCCACGUACUCAUUACAGAGCGUUGAGGACAUUAUGAAGAUUGUUAAGCAAGCGAGGAAUCCACCUACCUCAAUCACUCCAGUGCCAGCAUGGGCUGAAGAAGAAGAUGAGGAAGAGGAAAUCAAAGAUAAUAAACCAGAUGAAGAGGAGGAGGAAGAGGAAGAUGAAGAGGAUGAGUAUGAGAAGCAUGUCAAAGAAGUCCAGGCCAGUGGUGAAUAUGAAAUCAGCUGAUUGAAAGAACUUGGUGCAUUCAUUUUCUUUCUACUGUUUAUUAUGAACACUCUAGUAUCGUCUUGUUGCUCUAGCCUCUCUCUUUUUUUUUUUUUCUCAAUCGCUUCUUACCUUUUGUCAAAAAAUAUAAUAAUAAUAUAUUUGCAGCAUGAAGCUUCCUUUCUAUU